CCUGUGACCAGGUUAAUCUCUGGAUCAGCGUUUCUGGCAUGUUCUGCUUCUGCCUGCAGAGUUCCCUGCUGAAGCUCCAGGCGCUGGAGGUGGAGGGGGGCCCCUCGCUGGGUCCGUCCCCAGAGGAGAGCCCCCCUGCCCUGGGCAGCAAGGAGCAGAAGAGCCCCUGUGGCCCGGUGGAGCUUGGGGGGAAGGACGGGAAGACGCUGGCUCUGUGCCACAGUGUCCCCGCGGACGAAAACAGCCCUCCAGAGCUGCUGACGGUUCUGACCAGACCUCCACAGUCUCCCCGAUACCAGCCGUUAACCACCAUACACCUGGGCCAACAGCCCCUGGCCCCCGAUGGAGCGCUGCCCCCCAGUCCCCACCACUCCCCCUACUCCCCCCAGAGGAGCAGCCCUGGAGGUGAGGGGGGAGGAGGAGGAGGAGGAGCUCUCCUCCAGCUGCUGGCAGGAGGUCCUAGCCCUCUGCCGUCCCCCCGCUGCUCCAGCCUCAGCCACAGCCUGAGGUUCAACUCAGACCCUGAAACUGCACCAUCACCACCCUGCAGCCAGCAGUACAUACUGUGUCGGGGUCGGGACAUGCCGGAGGGCUCGGAGGACGAGUGUCCCUCCUCCAUCCCGUUCCUUAGCAGACAGAUUCAGACCCUGAAGAAAAGGGUCCGCAGGUUUGAGGACCAGUUCGAGCAGGAGAUGAACUACAAGCCAUCCCACAACGAUAAAUACUCCAACCCGGAGAUGAUCCGAGUGAUGGGUGAACUGGCGAAGGCUCGCAAACAGCUCAAAGAGCUGAGACUCAGACAGUCUGUGUUUGAGUUGAAGGAGGACGACGCAGCAGGAAACACCUGCAGGUACAUCGCUGGCCAGCAGGGGGCGCCGGAGCACAAACCCACCCUGGAGGAAACAGUGGAGUCUCUGUUCAGACGGCUGAGAGAGAAGAGACAAGCUCUGGGCCUGCCGGACAACACAAAGGACAUGACUCAGGCUCAGAUGGUGCUGGAGAAGAUCACCCUGCAGAAAUGUCUGCUGUACUUUGAGAGUCUUCACGGCCGACCGGGGUCCAAACAGGAGCGUGUCCUGGUGAAGCCGCUGUACGACAGAUACCAGAUGAUCAAACGUCUCCUGUGUGCCAGCCCGACCAUCAGCACCAUAGAGGAAGAGGACGGUUCUGAUGAAGACUCGAUGGGCUCCACGACGGUCGUAGAGACUCCCGUCCCACCUCCUCGCAGAGCGACCCGGGCAGCUGCCGGCGAGGAGGACAGCGACCGGGACAGCGACCCCGCCUUCGUGUCCCCAAUAGACGAAGUCAAAGCCGUCCAUCAACAACCUGCUCUGACCACAGCCAACCUGCACGAGGCCUCCAGGUCUCAGCUGCUGCAGUGUCUGAGGGAGACGCGGUCAGAGAAGAAGACGAGGCGUAAAGUUCUGAGAGAGUUUGAAGACGAGUUUCACCGUCAGACUGGACGAAUCUGCCAAAAAGAAGAUCGUACUCCAAUGAAGGACGAGUACCAGGAGUACAAACAGCUCAAAGCUAAACUCCGCCUCCUCGAAGUCCUCCUCAGCAAACAGGAAGUGACCAAGACCAUGUGAGAGGGAACAGAAGCUCCCAGAACCAGAGAACCACCAGACACACUUCACUAACGUGUCCGUCCAACCAGACAGCAACAGGUUGAACAUUUGAGCCAUUCCGAGCAUUUCGACCCAGAAUAAACGGGUCAGGACCCUGAGCUGUUGGUUCCCAGCUGGAACCCAGGAAGUGCAAGUUGACCUGUAGUCCAAACAUCAACAGCAGGCGUGUCCUAUUUAACAGGUUGGAAAGAGAAGAUGGAGACGUCUCAUCUUUAAGUGUUGGUCCGCGCCCGUUUGUUCGUGUUCUGUUCUGUUCUGAUGAUGCAUCCUUCAUUAAAAUGUUCCACUCAAACUUUCUCAAUGGAACCGGAUCGUGAACUGGAGCUCAUUUCCUGAAAAAGGCGUAUCUGAGAAAUUAGUGACACUACUCUAAUUUCUGUAUGCUAAAUAUGUGAAGCUAUAGCCAGCUGGUUAGCUUAGCAUGAAGACUUGAAAAAGGGGGGAGAGCUAGCCUGGCCAUGCUAAUGCUAAAGUCACAGUGCUAAUGUUACGCUAACUUGUUGGGUAAAUGAUAGAAUUUUAUCAGAUUUCAAUUUUUUUACAUAUGUCUUAGCCUGUUAGCAUCAUGUAAUGUGUAAAGGUAACAUGUUACCAGACUCACCUUUUCCAUUUUCAUGUUAACAUGCUACCUUCCCAUGCUAAUAUGCUAAAGUUAGAUGUUAUGUUAACACUCUUAUGCAACGUUAACUAACAUGCUAAUGUUUCAUGUCCAUUGUUAGCUUAGCCAAACUCAACAUGACUUAGCUGUCCUUAGAAUUAAAUGCUAACACACCAGUUAUAUGCUAAUGUAUCUGUUAGCAUGUUGGAAGUGACAAAGAAACACUUACAUUAAUGUAGCAUGUUAGCAUAGCAUUAGCACGGUAGGUCAUCAGUGUGAAACAUGUGGUGCAUACAAACUGUGAAUACUCAGCAGAGUUUUAUAAAGUUUAAAGAGACUUUUUUUCUGAACCGUCACUGAAACUUCAGACCAGCAGAGACAGAGACGAGGACAUUUCUGGCUGUCAGCAUGUGUUUCUCCAUCCAGCUUGAUUUCAUGGACCAAAGCAUUUUUUAUAUGGCACUCUGUGUGUGUGUGUGUGUGUGUGUGUGUGUGUGUGUGUGAACUGAAGGCACUUUAACGUGGUGCAGGACAGACUGACAUUCAUGAACGACAUCAGCAGGUUUUUGCGUUGAUUGUUGUCAGUUUGUACGUUCGCAGCAGAAUCUUGUCACACUUUGAUCAGAUUAAACCAGGAAGUCGUGUUUUUGCUUUAAAAUGUAAUGAAAUGUUCAGAAGAUGACGAGAGCUGCCACAAAAACAAACAGAAGAAAGAAAGAAUGAACAUUUUAGUUCUGAACUCUAUGAAAACAGUUUCAGAUGAGUUUCCUGUCAGUGUUAGCAGCUGUGUGAACUGCUGAUGAGCAGAGGAAACAAACUGGAACAGCAGAAGACUGUAAAAUCAUUUCCUGGGGAAACUGUUCUGGAGCUUUCGGUCAUGUCACACAGUCUUCUUCAGCUGCUGACGUCACGUCGUGCAGGGUGGCGAGCUGUUAGAACUGGCGAGCGUUCGUGUCAUGAAGACGGUCGCAAAUAAAAGACUUCCUGUGAUGUCAGUGACAACAACCUGAAGACUGACUGUGUGUUCGUCAGUCCUCAGAGCUUCAGUCUCAUGUGGGUUCUAUAUGGAUUCUCAGCGUUGAUGUUCUGACCCGUCUGUCAUUAUUCUGUGUGAAUUCAUGCUGUGAUGAUUGAUAAUGUUCCUGUUGUUGUGCACUUCUGGUUUGCUUGACAGAUUUCUACACAGACGAGUUUAAAAUAAAUAUUUUUACAAUGAAGAGUUCUGUCAGUGUCAUUCUGUUCAUCAGCACAUUAACCUGAAGAUGACUGAGAGAAGUUCAUCCUGAAGGAGACGCAGAGAUCAAUAAACACCCAAUGUAUAUUUUCAGAUUGAUCACAGAGAAGGCGUCUGAAGGUGGAGGCGCCACUCACUCUCUACAUCACUGUUUAAAGAACAAGAAGAAGAACGUUUGGUGACGCUUCAAAACCGAUAGAUCUAUAAACCGAUAGAUCUAUAAACCUAUAGAUCUGUUGAUCAGCUGAGGGGACGUGAACAUGUUCACAGCUUCACUCUGUUGCCCCCUGGUGGACGCAGGCGGUUCAGCAGCAGCUUGAACUCUGCUGAGUUUCCUCCGUUAUCACUGAAGUCGUUGAUGUUCUGUGUCGGAGCAUAAAAACACUCACACUCCAGUUUUUAAACCAUAAAUACACAAAUAAAAAACUUACUUUGAAGCUUGAAAGCAAAAGAAACACUUUUUUCUUCAUGAUGUUUAAUUUACACAAGAAAACAAAUUAAGUUCUGACGUCACGUUAUAGCUUCAGCAGCGAUUUAAAUGAUUUAAAUACAGGUUUGUCCAGCCAUACUGCUGACAUACAGUACCAGAUUCUGGUCCAGAUGUGGGUGCUGGACGUAGACCUGGGUUCUAGACUGGACUGAGAUGCAGUUCUGUCUGUGGGCUGGACCAACUCAUUAAUUUGGAAUUUUAACAGUUUGGUGAGUUUGUCAGUGUGUGAGCUUGUUUCAGGUCAUUAAACUGUCCUGGAGAGUCCUGGAGAGUCCUGGAGAGCCCUCCCUGUGUGGCAAUGAUGUUUGUAUUUCUGGCGCCAAGAUGUCACUGAUAGUAAAAGCUGGCUGCGA